CCUGCAUGAUGUGUUUGAGGUUCACUGGAUGGCAGCUUUGACAGUGAUACUGAUGGUGCUGAGCCCUCCCUUCUCUUGGGCCAGGGAAACCCAAUACUACAUCUUUUAAAAAACUGUGACAUUCUCUUCGGUCAUCACCAGUCCUUAUCACAUGGAGCCUUCAUUCCUUCCACAACAAAAGGGCCUUGGAUGCCUGCCUUCUGAGUGCUGCUUAAGCGUUUUUCAUGCAUCAGUUUAAGUGUGAGUGUCGUUUCUCCAACGGGUUGGAGAGGAUGCGAUUCUUUGCCAGAUACAUCUACAACACGGAGGAGGAUGUGCACUUCGACAGCGAUGUGGGGGAGUUCACGGCCAUGACGGAGCUGGGGAGGCCGGACGCCAAGUACUGGAACCAGCAAAAGGACUUCAGGGAGCAGAUGCGGGCCAAGGUGGACACGGUGUGCAGAUCCAACUACUUGGGCAUUGGUAGCUUCAUGAGGCAGCGCCGAGUGGAGCCUACAGUGACUGUGUAUCCUGCAAAGACCCAGCCCUUGCAGCACCACAACCUCCUGGUCUGCUCUGUGAAUGGUUUCUACCCAGGACACAUUGAAGUCAGGUGGUUCCGGGACGGCCAUGAAGAGGAGGUUGGAGUGAUCUCCACAGGCCUGAUCCCUAAUGGAGACUGGACCUUCCAGACCAUGGUGAUGCUUGAAACAGUUCCUCAGAGUGGAGAGGACUACACCUGCCAAGUGGAGCACCCCAGCCAGAAGAACCCUAUCACAGUGGAAUGGAGAGCACAGUCUGACUCUGCUAAGAGGAAGCUGAUGAGUGGAAUCGGAGGCUUUGCUCUGGGUCUGCUCUUCCUUGGUGUGGGGCUGUCCAUCAACUUUAGGAGCAAGAAAGGACACUCUGCACUUCAGCCUGCAGGACCCCUGAGCUGAAGUGAAGAUGGUAACACUCAAAGAAGAAUCUUCUCUUCCAGCUUCUUCACAACCUGAAAAGGUCUCCUGCUUGUCUCCUGUUCCUCCAUAACAAGAGCGCUUCUCAGGAUCUUGUGUGCUCCUGGUUGAGUGACCCUGCCGAAAAUGUCCUUCUUGCUGGUUUCCGUGGCCCCCAUGUUUGACCUGGAUGUUCUCACUAUUGAUCACCAUACCUUAUCUUCAUUCUUUUCUGGUCCCCUUUGUUUUCAACCUUUAGUGCCUCCUGUGCCUCUGAUCUCAUCUCCUGUCCAUAUGAUUAUAUAACUUUUUAUCUCAAAUAAAUAUGAACUGGCAAUCAUCUGCUUUAUACAGUUUCAAGGAAAGAAGUAGAAAGAAAACAGAAGUGGAGGGUGGCAUCACGAAACAAUAAUGGUUAUUGUUUCCUAUGUAUUCCUAAAUUUGGUCAUUUGUGGAUCUGGAGGUUUCCUUGCUCCCUUCCCUGUUUUUACCUUGAGUUUUCUGCAUUCUGUCAUUAGGCAUGUUUUCUUGAGCUAGAAGAAAGGCCUUAAUUCCCUCUAUCAUGGUGGUUUCCUACAUCUUUGCAACCUCAAAGAUAAACACACUUUAUAUUAAUCUGCUAUUAUUUAAAAGUUACAAAAUGUAUAUUAGUGCUUUCUUUCUCCUUUGCCAUGAUUUUUAAACAAAGUAUCUAAUCCUGGGUUAGUUCACUCAUUGAGCUCCUCUUUAAUUAGACUAAUAGUGGGCUUUAAUAUUUAAAUCUUUUUCUGUCUCUCAGAUAAACAUCAGUGACAUGCUGAUGCUUUGGCUGGGGUGCAUUCUUCCCUGUAAGUAGGUUUCAGAAGGUCACUAAGACAAAACCACAACUCUAGUGGAAAAGAUGCAUUUCUGAGUCCUCCCAGAGUGUGUGAUAAAUUGUUGCCUGUUACAGGAAAAUCCAGUAUGGAUCUUAUCUUAGCAGAAAUCAGAGACAAUUCUGAAAAACAAAAGAAAAUUUAUGAAUACAGGGAUGUUCAUCCAAACAAAAAAAUAUCCUACAACUGGAAGAAAAAUGAGACUCCCUACUCUAGAAUAAUUCCCAAAAUGUACUUUCAGUAGGUUUAGGAGAUUUGUACAGUAUAUAACAUUUUAAAAAUUAAGAUAGAGGAAGAGAAUAUCUGUCUAUCAUCUACUUACAUUUGUAAAUAGAAACAAUGGCAGAACUUUUUAAAAAAAUUACUAUCUUUUGGGCAAAUGAGAGAAUAGAUUAAAGGGGACAAAUAUGAAAGUCAGACUUUUAAAAAUUUAUUUCAUUUAAUAGUUUUAACUAGAGGAACAUUCAAAUAUUCUAUGUAAUAAAAAUAAGUUUAAAUUAAAAGUUUAACAAAGUGAUACUUAAAAACUAAAAGCAAACUGGAAUGAUUCAAACAGAUUUGACCAAAAGUAUAUGAUAGAAAGCAAGCUAGAAAUGUAAAUAAAAAAUUUUUUGACCCUUGCAUGAAAGAUUGUUGAACUAUAAUUGUAAGUAAGUAUAUAGUUUUGAGUUCCAAAGACUUUAAUAAUAUAAAAAAGUUGGAUAAGCCCAGAAACCAUGGGGGUUUCUCCUAGCUCAAGGAACCACCAUGAUAGAAGGAAUUAAGGCCUUUCUCCUAGCUCAGGCUUAGGCAAUUAAAUUGCUUAAGAAGAUGGUGGGUUCUGCUAUUGUAUUCCAUCUGAAGUCAAUGUGUAUGCUCACUCGUAUCCAACUCUUUGUGACCCCAUGGACUGUAGCCUGCCAGGCUCCUUUGUCCAUGUUUUCCAGGCAAGAAAAGAGCGGGUUGUCAUUUCCUCCUUCAGUGGAUCUUCCAGAUCCAGGGAUUAAACCCACGUCUCCUGCGUCUCCUGCCUUGCAGGCGGGUUCUUUACCCAUUGAGCCAUCAGGGAAGCCCAUUCCAUCUGAAGAGUCAAUUUUAAAUGCAAUUUAAAUCAAAACAGUAGGUAAUAGAUUCAGAAGUUUAUUUCAAAGUAAUUGUUGAAUUCUUCACAGUCUUGCACAUCUAUUAUUUUCAGGCAAAUUCAAAGUUUGUUUUGAGUAUGUUAAUUACAUUAUGUGUUAAUUGUGUGAAACAGGUUAUCAUCCUGUAGAGAUUUGAUAAAUCAUGUCUGCCAUAUGCAUACAGUUGGGAUAAAUUUUAUUUGAUCCCAAGGUUGCAACUUUAUUGUCAUUUUGUUCUCUGAUUUGAAUAAAUAAGUGUUUCAUUUUGUUUGA